AUGGGUGAACCUCAUUGUCCUCAGUUGGCAUCUCGCGUCUUUCCAGUCCUGGAACUCCAAAAGACCGAGGAAUGCUGGUGGUUUUGUCCACAGCCUGGCCUUUUGGAAGCAACGGUCGGAGAGUGCGGUGAACCAGAAUACAACAUGGCAUGA